CAAUCAUGUACACAGUUGUCCAAUCAACUGUCAAGAAAUCUGCACGCGCGUCAAUCAAAAAUAUAAACAUUACAAUUAAUAUUUGACAAUGGAGAUGACAAAAGAGGAUGCCCAUAGGGAAAAGCUUGAAAAAUGGAGGAUGGAACGACAAAAAGAAAAAGAGCUGAAGACCAAAAGACCAGUUGGAAUCACAACCGGGAAGAAACCAGCUUUAGUCAAGUCAGCUGCACCUGCCAAUACGAAAUCUGCUUUUCCAGUUCCUGUGAAAUCUGCUACAACUGGCAGGACUAGCUUGUUGAGUCAGACAAGAAAAAGCAAGGUUCAUCCUGAGGUAAAACAGUCCCGAAAACCUGUCACCAAAAGAACAUCAGAGGAUACAAAUGCUUUACUUGAACGGCUAGCUAAAUGGAAAGAAGAAAAAGGAAGAAGUGUCAAGAAAGAACAACCCAGCUCACACAAGCUGUUAGCAACCAGCACCAGUGCUAAACCAGAAGAGAAUAGCAAGAAAUUAAAGCCAGUCAAAUCUAGACUCUUCGAUUACCAAACAAAACAGAAACCCACCGGCCCAAAUAAGGAAAAUAAACUAUCACAUAUGAAAGACACAAAACUUGAUUCAAAAAGACCUUCAAAUCACCAUGUUAUUAAACCUAAACCCGAUUUAAAAAGGAAGUCAAGAGAUGUUCACACAUCUGUACCCGCCAAAAGACGAUAUUCCGAGGCUCUGAGUAAACAUGAAAAAUCAAAGCCAUUUAGUGGAAUUCUGAAGAGAAAAUCUUGUGUCGGUUCAUUUAACUUUACUGGAGGAGAUGCUGCAAAGGCCAUAAUAACACAGGGGAACGAUGAAGGUGAUUCCCAAGGUGUGGAAAGCAGACGCCUAUCAUACACAGUUACACCGGGUAAAGAUGAUACAGCGAGGAAAACGUUUCCAGUUGCUGCUGUGACCCCUGGCGUGUCUUCUCGCAAUGUUCGUUUUCGCACGCCACCUAAUAACGGCCUUGGGCAGGAGAAAAUGAAGAUGAAGAAGACUCCCAAGCCCGCUAAUGAAUCUGAAAGAAGGGAGGCCCUUAACGCGUGGCUCAAGUCUAAAAACAAGACUCCCAGCAAGUUCCGCCACCUGAUGUGCUUCCAUGCAAAACAGGAAGACAGAUCAUUAGACCCGCUUACCAAGACCAGCCUCUCAGUAAAGGAACUGUCUUCCCAGUUAGAUGUAAUGGAACGUGAACAAAUGAUGGCGGCCAUGACAGAGCAGAUGAAUGCUAUGCUGGAUGAGUGUAUGCUACUGUUUGAGGCUGGAUGUCCAUCAGAGAGCAUCCUGUCCUGGCUGAAAAGCAUUGAAGAAACGAUCCCAUUUGCCUGCUCCUCAGCACGAUUCUACACAUGCAAGGCUGCUGUAGUAAAGGACAGUUUGGACCUGGAUAUGGUGCUUCAGGUUUUUGAGGAAGCAACCAUCAACAAUGCGCAGCCAAAAGAGGAUAUCGCCAAGUGUCUGCGGGAGACCCUGAAGUAUGUCACAGAGAGAAAAAUACAGGAAGCAUCCAGACGAGGUCGUACACCUCGCAGGUCGGAGGUGCAGGCAGAGAAUGUGUUCAAAUCUUCCAAGGUCGUGUACACAGUGUCUGAUGUCACACCAUUCAGCGAAGGUAAAAAGCGCCGUCGUUCCGCCUCCCAGACGCCCUGCCAGGUGGUAACCCCUGUGCGCAGAUCCACGCGACGGAGUCUUCAAAAUAUGCCAGACUCGCUAAAGGAUAGAAAGGCCAGCUAUACAAGCAUAGAGGAGGUUGGCAGUAAAGAUGACAUACUGUUCCAGCCCAAUGUAGCCCUUGAUACCAUUUUGGCAGGAGUUGAAGACGAUGAUUGAACAUUUUAUUAUUAUAUUGUCUGCAAAAUUGGUGAAUGGCCUAUGCUUCAAUGAAAUGCUUUUUUCCUGGGGUUGAGUUAUAUGAUUUUAAUGAAAUAUACAUGGAUUUGUUCCAGAUGUUAUUUUUCAAGUCAAAAUUGCUGGGGUACAUGUAAUUUAAAAUAUCCAAUAAGGGAAAAUAAUAUUGUUGAUUUUUAUUUCAUUUUUUAUCAUUUUUCAAUUUCUUAAAAAUUGUUAGUUGAAAUUUUAUCAAACACAGACUUUUUAUUAGACUCUUGUUAAUUGAUAGGUUUUUGUUUUAUGCUUUGUAACCUCCUUUACAUAAAAUAUAUAUUAUAUCACUAUCCGGCAAUGUAAAAGUAUGCUACACUUUGUAACUGCUUAAAGGGGCAUUAUCGGCUUUGGCAUGAUUUUUGAACUUUUCAGAUUUUUUUUUAAAUAAAUAAAAGCCCAAACUUAUAUGCUUUUAAACAAUCAUUAAGCAAAUAAAUAAAUUGAGGUAACUUG